UCUUAAAAGAAUAUAAAAUGCCUGAGCUACUGUAAAUGUUACUUGAGCUGUCUGUAAAUCAGUUCCCCAUCCCCAGGUGUAAAGCAGGACACUGCUUAAUUUAUUUCUAUGUUCUCAGUCUGUUAGAACUGUGCAUUUAGGUGCUGUCUGCAUUUGGACAGCUGAGAGCUGAGGGUUUUCUUUCCUGGGCUAUGGGCCCUCUACCUGUGGUAAAAGUGACCUGUGGUUGACUGCUAUGUUUUGCCCUUGUGCCGAUGUGGUGAGGAGACAGGAGCAGUACGGAUGCACUGUGGUGGUGUUGUGGGCUUUCUGGGUUGUUGUCAGCUGUUAUGGAUUGAACGGUCUCUGCGUGUGUGACAGCAGCCCGUGCUGUUGCUGCAGCUAAAUGAGGGGAAAAAAAAAAUAAAUGAUUGUGGCUGGAUAAAGUGCUUUGGCACUGAACAGGGAGAGAUGAAUGAUAUAUGUUUGUAAAUGCUAUUUAAAGCUCUGAUCUCUCAGAUCACCGGGGGUGGUUCUACUGCUGCAUUUGCAGCCUCCGCUCACUGAUUUCAGAGAGGCUUUGUUAAAGUGAGUGCUUAGGAGUGGGGCUUUGGACUUGCUGGCUUCCUGAAAACCCUCUGGUAUCUACUCGUCGCCUGCUGGAGGGAUGUGUGCUGUUGCCUUGAGCUGCAGCCUGCUGUAGGUAGCCUGCUUUAGCAGGGGCUUGGACUGCAUGGUCUCCAGAUGUCCCUUCCAACCUGUGGGCUUCUGUGAUAAAAUUCUAAUGAAUAGAAGAGAGAGGACAUAUCAUUUAUGAGAACCCUAAGAAAGUUUACAGCAGUGUGGAAUGGAUUGAUUUGUGACACCUUUGAUAUGUGAGAGCUCUGCUUUGCGUUGGCCUGGCUGCUGCUGGUGGACCUGAGCUGACCUGAUUGCAGCAAGCCCAACAAGACCGGUCCUUGUCGCUAACGGAACGUAACCAAGUGUGAUGCUGCAAUGAGAUGAGGCUCCGAAAUGGAACUGUGGCCACCGUGUUAGUUUUCAUCACUACUUUCCUCAGUUUGUCCUGGUAUACUGCGUGGCAAAAUGGGAAAGAAAAGUUGAUUGCAUAUCAACGGGAAUUUCAUGCUUUGAAGGAACGUCUUCGUAUCGCUGAGCAUCGGACUCUGCAACGCUCUUCUGAGCUGAAUGCUAUCUUGGAGCAAUUCAGGCGUGCUGUAGCAGAAACGAAUGGAAGUAAGAAUGCACUGAAUAAUUUUUCAGAUGAGACGCUGAAACUACUAAAAGAACUAACAAGUAAAAAAUCUCUUCAAGUGCCAAAUAUUUAUUACCAUUUGCCUCAUUUGUUGAAAAAUGAAGGAAGCCUUCAACCUUCUGUGCAGGUUGGCCUUGGAAGGACAGGAGUUUCCAUUGUAAUGGGAAUACCUACAGUGAAAAGAAAAGUCAAGUCUUACCUUACAGAAACUCUCCACUCCCUUAUUGAUAAGCUGUCCCCUGAAGAAAAACUGGAUUGUGUUAUGGUUGUCUUUAUAGGAGAGACCGAUCUUGAUUAUGUUAACAAUGUUGUUGCGAGCCUGGAAAAAGAAUUUUCUACAGAGAUCAAUUCUGGGUUGGUGGAAGUAAUAGCCCCUCCUGCAACUUACUAUCCUGAUUUGACAAACUUGAAAGAAACGUUUGGAGACUCAAAAGAGAGAGUGAGAUGGAGAACAAAACAAAACUUGGAUUACUGUUUUCUUAUGAUGUACGCCCAGAAAAAGGGAGUUUAUUACAUCCAGCUUGAAGAUGACAUUGUUGUCAAGCAGAAUUACUUCAGCACCAUAAAGAACUUUGCGCUUCAGCUCGCUUCUGAAGAUUGGAUGAUUCUGGAAUUUUCUCAGCUGGGUUUCAUUGGCAAAAUGUUCCAGUCUCCAGAUAUCACUCUUAUUGUAGAGUUCAUAUUUAUGUUUUAUAAGGAGAAACCAAUUGAUUGGCUUCUGGACCAUAUCCUCUGGGUGAAAGUGUGUAACCCUGAAAAAGAUGCUAAACAUUGUGAUCGGCAGAAGUCAAACCUACGGAUACGCUUCAGGCCUUCUCUCUUCCAGCAUGUUGGCCUCCACUCCUCCCUGGCAGGAAAGAUCCAGAAACUCACAGAUAAAGACUUUCUGAAACCGCUACUGCAUAAAAUCCACGUGAAUCCACCUGCAGAGGUUUCCACAUCUUUAAAAGUGUACCAGGGGCACACGUUAGAAAAAACAUAUGUAGGGGAAGACUUUUUCUGGGCUGUCACACCGGUUGCUGGGGAUUAUAUUCUAUUUAAAUUUGACAAGCCUGUCAAUGUAGAAAGGUACUUGUUCCACAGUGGCAAUCCAGAGCAUCCAGGAGAUAUACUGCUAAACACAACCGUGGAAGUUUUGCCUUUUCAGAAUGAAGAACUGGUGUUAAGCAAAGAAACCAAAGACAAACGCUUAGAGGAUGGUUACUUCAGAAUAGGGAAAUUCGAAAAUGGUGUUGCUGAAGGAAUGGUUGACCCCAGCCUAAACCCUAUUUCAUCAUUCCGGCUUUCAGUAAUACAAAAUUCAGCAGUCUGGGCAAUUCUGAAUGAGAUUCAUAUUAAAAAGAUGACAAACUGAUCAUUGAAAUCCCCGUUAGAGGGAUAAGAAGGAAUCCUUGAAAACUUUUCCUAUGAAAUCUGACAUCCUUAGCAAGUCACAAAUUG